AUGGCGGCCCUGGUCCAAGAGAGCUUGCCUGCUGACCUAAGCACUAACAUCAACAACAGGAACCAUGAAGAAGAAUCAGAGGAUGCUUUUCCUGAUUCUGGUAAUUCCAGUCGCCCUCUCUUUGAUCUCUCUCUGAUCCAAGGUAAUACACGGUCCAGCCGAAAUGGAGGACCAGCGUCCGUGGCGACCACGGCCGACUUGGCGUCGGAAGUUGGUAGCGUCAUGAUGAAUGCCAAAGAGGCGUUUAUGAAAUCGUUCACGUUUCGUCUCCAAGAAGACGCAACCAUCGAUUCCAUCAACUGGGGAUUCGGAAUCACAUUGGGUCCUCCCAAGACUACCAAGAAAGGAUUUCUUCGCAACAAUAGUCGCAUCCCCAUUACUUCUAUUGACGAAAAUUCCAUCUUUGCUCUGUCUCGGAUUCGCGAAGGCGACUACCUAAAGUCCAUUAAUGGUCGUCAAAUUGGACCUUCCUUCACACCAGAACGUGCGCUUUCCAAAAUGAAGGAGAGUUUGGAAAAGGAUGGAUACCUCUGUGUCGCAACCAAGAAUCGAGAAGAAGGAUCCGACGAUAUCCUCGUACACGCUACAGUUAUCAAACCAUCGCCAGACAUGACACUGGAAGAUCUUGGCAUGACAGUUUGGGUGUGGGGAUAUCUCUGCAUCAAGAGCUUCAAGAGCAAAUCCAUAUUCAAGACAACGGCACUCAAAGAGGCGGACAACAUUGUAUCAGUCAACGAAAUCGUUUGUCAAAAUGUGGAUCCCGAGGGCUUUGCCAGCAUUAUUCGACAACUGCCAAGGGAAAUCACCAUUACCGUAUUGAGACGAAAACAGAGGUCCAGCGGAAACUUUAGUUAG